AUGUCUUUGGUAAAGAAUAUCGAGUUGACCGUUAAAAUGGUUGAAAAUUUUCAUAAAAAUUACACAUCUUCUGAUGACUCUAAAGUGGGAAAAUUCAUUGAUAUAAUCGAUUUAAACAACAAACAAAUAAAAUCCAUGUUAGGAAGUAGCGGCCCAGCAGUUCUAUCCGUCGGUGAGAAAAGACAUCUUGCUACGCUUGCGGGGAAGUUGGAGCGCUAUAGGAGCCUCUUACAGCACCAAGAAAUAGAAGCACCGGUCGGUUCAUCGCUCAACCUUCAGCAAGGAAAAGUCGAGUGGAGGGAUUUGGCUACGGCCUUUAACUCUAGGGUGAGUUCGGCGAUUAUUGUUAAUUUAGGGCACAAAACAUUAGGAGCAUUUUAUAACGAUAGUUUUAAGAUAUUUGCGAGUAAGAUUAGAAGUAUUUUUAGUAGAUAUAAUCAGCCAUUAAAAGUAAAUUUUGAAUUUUGCGCGGAAUUCGUGAAGCCAUCUUUAACUAGCGACAAUAAUAAUCAUUUACCAACUAAAGAAUUUAGCUUUAUAACGAAAAAUUUUAAGAUUUUAAGUUGUAAUUUAGAACAAGCAAAUUUAAAACAAUUAUUCAAUACUAAUGUGACGGAUUAUCUAAUGGAACGUUUGCUUAAAUUCGAGGAGCAGGAAAGUGGUUGGGCACUAUCAAAAAUUAUCUCGUUAGCUGUGAACAUUAGUAUCGCAACUUUAUUACACGCUUCAUCCUAUAUUGAUUUGCCUAUUGAAAUUAAAUCGAAACUAGCGGUCAUCAAUGUUAAAAAUAACGAUGAGGCAUGUUUCGGAUGGGCGCUAUCCUCCGCUCUUUACCCCGUUACCCGAAAUUCCGAUCGCGUUUCAUCCUAUGCUUAUUACGCACAAAUAUUAAAUUUUCAAGAUAUUAAUUUUCCAAUGUCUCUAGACCAACUACCUAAAUUUGAGAAUCAAAAUCCAAAUUUAUCCGUUAAUAUAUAUGGGCUUAUUCGAAAAUCGGUGUACAAUUACGUCACCGUUCCAUUAUAUUUAUCUGACAGUAAAAAAGAUCAACAUGUAAAUUUAUUAAUGAUUCAGAAUGAUUACGAAAUUGAAAAUAAUGAUCAUGAGAGUGUUAACGUUGAUGACCGUGCAGAUGAAGCAGUCAAAUUCCAUUUUUGUUGGAUCAAAAAUUUAUCCAGAUUGGUGCAUUCACAGUUAACGAGGAAAAACAAUAAACUGCAUAUUUGUGAUAGAUGUCUCCACUACUUUAAUUCUACUGCAAAACUGAACAAUCAUACGUUAGUUUGUAGGGAACUGAAUUAUUGUAAAUUAAAUACGCCGAAACCAGGCACUACGGUUCAUUUCAAAAAUUAUGAAUUCAAACAAACCGCCCCUUUCAUCAUGUAUUGCGACUUGGAGUGUAUGGUACGCGAUUUUCAAGAUGACGAAACGCGUAUAACGUUUAAAUAUAAAAAACAUGACGUGUGUAGCAUCGCAUAUUAUCUUCAUUGUACCUUUGACAACUCUUUGUCGAGAUUUCGCUUGAAGAGGGGAGAGGAAUGUAUUAAUUGGUUCACCCGUGAACUAACGGAAAUUGCGAAUAAUUUGCAACGAUAUUUCGAUACGCCCAUGCCAAUGGAACCGCUGAGUGAUACGCAAAUGCUCGCGUAUAAUGCAAGCACUCAUUGUCACAUUUGCGAAGGACCGAUACUGGAGGGGGAGGUCAAAGUUCGCGAUCAUUGUCACUUUACAGGUCGAUUUCGAUCUAGUGCCCAUCAGGCUUGCAAUCUUCGUUAUAAGGCCCCUCACAUGAUUCCAAUAUUCUUCCACAAUUUCAGCGGUUACGAUAGUCAUUUUAUUAUUAAAAACAUUGCACAAGCUAUUCCCGGUAAAGUUACACUUUUGCCCAAAAACAAAGAGCGCUACAUCUCAUUCACUAAGCACAUGAAGGACACUACAGUGCAAUUCAGAUUUGUAGAUUCGUUUCGCUUUAUGGAUUCGUCAUUAGACAAAUUGGCAUCAUAUUUAAAAUUUGACGAUUUUAAAAUUUUACGCUCUACGUUAAGCCAUUUAAACGAUAAGCAGUUAAAGUUAUUAACUAAAAAAGGUGUGUUUCCGUACGAAUACAUGGAUGAUUGGGCGAAAUUCGAGGAAUCAUCGCUUCCCGAAAAAAGCAAAUUUUAUAGCAGAUUAACGCAAUUUGACAUUUCGGAUCAGCAAUAUUCCCAUGCUAGAAACGUUUGGCGUGAAUUUAACAUUCAAAAUUUGGGUCAAUAUAGCGACCUUUAUCUAACGAGCGAUGUACUUCUGCUCGCCGACGUCUUCACCAAUUUUAGAGAGAAAUGCAUAACAACGCAUAAACUAGAACCCGCGUUUUUCUUUACCGCACCAGGUUACACGUGGCAAUGCAUGCUCAACUAUACAAAGGUAAAACUAGAUCUCUUAUCUGAUAUCGAUAUGGUAUUGUUCGUAGAAAAGGGAAUAAGAGGCGGAAUAACUCAGUGCUGCACGAAAUAUAGUAAAGCAAACAACAAGUAUAUGAAAAACUAUGAUCCUAACAAGCCGUCCUCUCAUAUUCUAUACACGGAUAUGGUUAAUUUAUAUGGUUGGGCGCAAAGUCAGUGUUUACCUCAGAAUAACUUUCAAUGGCUUACCGAAGAGAAAAUAAGGUCUUUAACUCCAGAACUGAUAACAAAUCUCUGUGACGAUGCGAAUGAAGGUUUAAUAUUAGAGGUGGAUCUAGCGUAUCCGCAGUAUUUGCAUGAUCGUCAUAAGCAUAUUCCAUUUUGCGUUGAACACGGUAAGCCUCCUGGCGGUAAACACAAGAAGUUGCUCGCAACCCUGACAUCUAAGUUUAAAUACGUUAUUCAUUACCGUAAUUUAAAACAAUGUCUUCAGGCAGGACUUACGCUUGAAAAAGUUCAUCGAGCGAUACGCUUCAACCAAUCUCGUUGGCUUAAGCCGUAUAUAGAUUUAAAUGCAAGGUUGCGUGCGCAAGCCACUAAUCCGUUCGAGAAAAAUUUGUACAAGUUGCUAAAUAACGCAAAUUUUGGAAAAACCAUGGAGAAUGUGAGAAACCAUCGGGCAAUAAAACUCGUUACUCGAUGGAGCGGUAGGUACGGAGCCAAUUUUUAUAUUUCACAACCCAAUUUCCAUAGUAGGGAGAUUUUUGACGAAGAGUUGAUGGCUAUAGAGUUGCGCAAAACUGAAAUUAUGAUGAAUAAACCAAUGUAUGUGGGGAUGGCCAUUCUCGAUAUUUCUAAGACUCAAAUGUACGACUUUCAUUAUAAUUUCAUGCAACAUCAGUUUAGCGAUGAACACAUGAAAGUCUUGUACAUGGAUACCGAUAGUCUGGUGUAUGAGUUAAUAUGCGAUAACGUUUACGAUCUAAUCCGAAAUAAUAUCGAUCGAUUUGACACUUCCUCUUUCCCCGUAAACAACGAAUAUAACAUUCCGAUUCGCAAUGCCAUGGUGCUUGGUUUAAUGAAGGAUGAAAUGGGCGGUCAAAUUGUAACCGAGUGGGUGGCUUUGGCAUCGAAAAUGUAUAGUUUUAAGGUUUGGAAUAAAGAUGGCGUUAACGAUUAUCAUAAGAAUAAAGUAAUUAAGAAAUUAAAAGGAGUUAAAAGUAGUGUUGUAAAUAAUAGGAUAACUUUCGAUGAUUAUUUAAAAUGUCUAAAGAGCAGGGAUACUACUAAGGAGAUAGCCCAAAGCAGCAUAUUAUCAAGAAAUCAUCAGGUGUACAGUGUGCAACAAACUAAAAGAGCACUGUACAACCAUGAUGACAAAAGGUACGAGUUAUCAAACGCAAUUGAUACGCUACCUUGGGGUCAUUGUAAUAUCCCUGCUAAUAUGGAGUUAGGAUAG